CGAAAGGACUUCAUCUCCUUCCUUCCUGUAAAACCCCUGAUCCUCCACCAGAUUGAAAAACCCCAAACUUUAACCCCGACGCUCCACGCUAAUUAAAUUCCCAAAAUGUCCUCCGUAACGACAAAAAUUCCCACCAAAUCCCUCCUCAGACUCUUCAUCUCUUCCCCACCUAAGCCACCCAUCUCUCACUUCUACUCCACCGCCACCACAGAGACUCGUACCCAGAGACUCGAUCGCAUCGCCGACGAGCUUUUAGACCUUACGAAACUCGAACGCUACGACUACUCCAUCCUCUUCCGUCUCAAACUGGGCCUCAACCGCUAUGGCCCCGCCGUAUCCGGCGCCAGCUCCGCAGCCCCCUCAGCACCCGGAUCCGGGUCUGGCGCAGCGGAAUCGAAAGCCGCAGAAAAGACGGCGUUCGAUAUAAAGCUGGAGAAAUUCGACGCUGCAGCGAAGAUAAAGAUAAUAAAAGAAGUGAGGGCAUUUACCGAGUUGGGAUUGAAGGAAGCUAAAGAUUUGGUGGAGAAAGUUCCCGUUGUGGUUAAAAAGGGAGUCAGUAAAGAGGAAGCUGAUGGCAUUGUUAAGAAGCUUCAAGGGUUGGGUGCUACUGUGGUACUUGAAUGAUUUUGUUUUUCUUUUUUUUUUUUUUAGUAAAUGAUGUAGAAUAAUUGUUGUUUUGGUGAAAUGAGAAAAAAAGUUUUGAAGAUAUUUUUGAGCUGGCAUUAUCAUUGGAAUUUGAAGUGAAAAACUUUGUUGAAAUUAAUUAAGUCUGAUAUAAAAAGGCUGGAUUAACCUUCCAAGCUGAAAA